ACAAGGAUUGGCCAAUGUACAUAUUGAAGGUGUUGAGCUUUACCACAUGGGUCAGCAAACUGAAAUAGGGCAUUAUCCAGUUCACUUUCACAUAUGUCAUGAUUUAGAUGGUGUUGGAAAUUACAGUAAACCACCCUUUUUUCGAUAUAGUUCCAUUCACCAUUCCUUCUCUAGAUGUGUUACUAUACAUGGUACUCAUGGUGUAACGGUUUUAGACAAUGUAUGUUAUGAUGCUCUAGGCCAUGCUUACUUUCUGGAAGAUGGAGGCGAAAAGAGGAAUGUUUUUGAUGGGAAUAUUGGUCUGACAACAAGAAAGGGAAAAAUUCUGACAUCAGAUAGUCAACCAGCAACAUUUUUCAUGACGAAUCCCAAAAAUCAUUUGAGAAAUAACGUUGCUGCAGGUUCAGAGGGUCAUGGAAUUUGGUAUGUAUUCCCUGAUGAACCUUAUGGUCCAUCAUUAGGACUUGGAUUCAUGCAGAUGUACGAAUCACAACAUACCCCGUAUGAGGAAUGGAAUAAUAAUGUAGCACAUUCUAAUGAAAUUGAUGGUUUCUUUGCUGAUAAUAAAGUCCUGCCUUCAACUGCUACAGUAGGAACAAGUGAAUACUCGCCGAGAAUUCGACCACUGGACAAAGAUUCACCUCCAGCAGAGGUCAAGAUUAUCAAACCCACACUGUACAAGAAUCGUUAUCAUAAUAUGUGGAUAAGAGGCGGGUGGAUUACUGUUGAACAGGGAUCAUUUGCUGACAGUGCCAAUGCAGUAGCGUUUUCUAGAUCUGAUGAUCAAGCGCAGUUUCUGAAGAAUUCUGUUAUAAUAGGAGAAUCAAAGAAUAUAGGAGAACCGACUUUAUUUUAUGAUACUGUCACAAAUACAUCAAUUCAGAUGCCCCGGUCAAUACCAUUAGAGACAAUGUCCUCCAUGCCUAUUCUUGGAUUUAAUUUCCACGAUGGUCCAGUUUAUUUGGAAAAUGUAUGGUUUUCUGGUUUUAAAUCCAAUGCUUAUUAUCAAGCUGGUGCCAUUGGUUUUGAAAAAUUUGACAAGAACAUAACAUCGGCUGUUAGUUCUGUUCAAAAUAUAACUUACGACUUUAUUGAUGAUACAGAGGGUAACCGGGUUCUAGACAGCAACUCAACCUCUUCUGGUUUUGGUUAUGAUGAUCGGUAUAAUGGAAUUACAUUCAGAGAUAUAGAUGGAAGCGUUACAGGUUACAAUAACACCCAGGUUGUUUUACCGGCACCAUUUUAUGUUACUAGCGGAUGUUACCUACGUCCUAACUGGCAAGUUGCUGUCUGUCCCGACAAGUAUGGAAAGUUGACAUUGACCUUCGAAAACCAACAUGGUGAUACGAUACCAACUGUGUUUGCUGUAAGAGAUGACAUACCUGAUGUACAAGAGACACAGCUGAACGAGAACCCAGCACAGUUUACAACAGUUCUAGGGGUAUGUGGUUACGGUUUGGUGUUUGUUUACCACGAAAUGCUAAAAUUGAUCUGUCUUCCACAAGUCCACAACAGCUACAGGAUAUGAACGACUGGGUCGCUGUAAACGGUUUACAGGAACUAGAGGCUGAUGACAUCGGAAAUAAAUAUUACUGGGAUCUGACAACUGGAUUGCUGUUCUUUAAGUUCUUAAGCAAUGACACAAGAGAUGCAAAUGAGACAAAAGAAUGUGUUGCACAAGGAUGUCCCAACGUCAGAAUAAUGGUUUUGUCGGGUGAUAUUUUAGACAGAGAUUGUACCAGUAGAGCUUAUGACACGGGUUCUUAUAAUAGAACGGCACCGAAACCAAGCAGAUCACUUCAGAAUCCGGUUUUACCAGCACCCACUCCUUCUCCUGGAACCUAUGGAGCAGGAGCUACUCUACCUUUUACAGAUAGACCACUUAUAGACGGUCAGUUGGGAUUUUGGGAUCCCUGGACUAGAUGUUCUAGUUCGUGUCAAGGAAUUCAGACGCGAAGGCGCUUCUGUGAUAGCCCUGUACCUCAGGGUGGUGGCGCUUCUUGUAUCGGCAAUAAAGUUGAAACUAGAGAUUGUAACAGUGCACCCUGUGCUAUAAAUGGCGCAUGGUCUGCUUGGCCUAGUGAUUGGGGUGCGUGCCUCCCGGCGUCGCUAUGUCAAGGUUACCAGGUACGAAGGAGGAAGUGUGAUGCGCCAGCUCCAGAACAUAACGGUGAAUUUUGUGAAGGACCCACUGAAGAAGUGAGACCAUGUAGAGGAUGUUAAUUAUAU